GGCCAUCCACGCGCGCCUGCCUCGCCGGGCUGCCCCAACCGCAGCCAACCGCACCGCAUACGCGCGUCGUCGACGGCUGCCCGUGAAGCGAAGUGAUGGACAAAUCCCUCAUGGAGCCGGCGCGGCCCCGCCGCCCGCGCCCCCGCCACGGCGCGGGCCUCUCCUCCAUUCUGUUAUUAAAUACGAUGAUCGGCAGCGGUUUCUUGUCGAUGGCGUUUUGCGUCCAGACGGCCGGCUGGCCGCUCUUUGUAGGAGCGCUGGCCGUGACUUGUUUCACGACUUACUUGACGAGUGUGAUGUUAUUGGAGACGGGCCGCGCGGUCGCCCUCGACACGGGCGACAUGUCCGAAGUCGUCGAAAAAGCCCUUGGUAUCAAGUGGCGCCGGGUGAACGACGCCUGCAACGCGCUCAUCUGUCUGGGCGCGAUCAUGAGCUAUUUCAACGCGAUUGGGGCUUUAGGAGCGGACGCCCUGCAGGACCUGCGCCACGACGGCGGCAUUUACGUACUGUUCGCGACGUACCCGGGUUUCAUGUGCUGGACCGUAUUGUUAUUCGCGGCGCCCUUUUGUUUUUAUAGAGAGUACGGCGAGCUGGAGGUGGCCUCUUGUUCUGCGUUAGCGUUGACGGUCGUCACGUGCCUCGCGUUGGUUAUCGCCGCAUUUGUGAACCCGCACGCGAUACCAGCGGCGCCGGCGUCGGGCGUGGCCUCGGUCGGCGUGCUAGGUAAUGUGUUGUACGCGGCGGUCAUGCAGUACGCCGUCUUUGAGAUGUACGCGGGCCUCCAGGACCGGGAUACGACAAAGGGCCGAGGCGUCGUGGCGCAUUCGGUAUUAGGUGCCGGCGCCAUUUUGUUAAUAGCCGGCCUAGCUGGCUGCGCCGCCACGUCCAGUGACGUCGACGCGAACGUGCUCACGUCGCUCAACAACGCGCUGACGACGAUCAAAAUCCUCUACGCGUGCGUCGUCAUGCACCUCUGCUUCUACAUCCCGAACGAUUUUAUAUUGGGAAGGCUCUACGCUUUUAGGGUUGCGGACCUGAACUACCUCCAGGUGUCGGACUCGGUGCACUACGCGGCAUCCACAGUAUUUCUGGCGGCGCCGUUGGCCGUCAUGGCAAUAAUUCCGCGCGAGCUCGUCGACUGCGUCUUCGAGCUUAUAUUAGCCCUGACGGGCGAGGUCCCCAUCGCGCUGUCGUGCUUCGUGAUCCCCUGCCUCGCCUACCGGGCGGCCGUGCUCGAGCGGACGCCGGCGACGACGCCGCUGCUCGGUGGUGGUGCGGUAUCUGAGAAGCCCGUGUCGGUGGCGGCGACGACGGCUACGUUGAUGUUCGCGGUGGUGGUCCUCGUCGUCUGCCCCGUGUGCACGGUCUACCAGUUCGUCGACGACUGCGUCACGGACGGCUGCGCGUCGUAUACCGGUAGACGACGGUAAUAUAGACUUCUUAA